AUGCCUCCUGGCCGCACUCUCCAAACGCGACCUGUCUCGAAUGAGAACGAUGAAAACAGCAGUUCGACGCGUAUGACACGAGCCAAAGCAGCUGCCCUGGGUGUCGACGAACUCGCCCUCCCCAGCAAGGCUCUCCAGACAAAAAAGACCGUCACAACCUCCCAGGUGCAGGGUUUACAACGCAAGCGUGCCGCCCUCGGUGAUGUGAGCAAUGUUACGAAGGGAGAGGCAGUUGAGGGCAAGAAGCCCGCAGUUAGGGCCGGCCUGGUCUCCAAGGCCGCCCAACCCACGGGCAUCCGGAAAUCUACUCGAUCGUCGGGCCGGGCUGCCAUGGUUCCCAAGGCCUCGAGAGCGAACGUCGACGUUCGACGUGCUGGCAGCACCAAAGCCAGCGUCACCGGUGUACCAAAGCGCAAGGUUCCAAGCAUAAGCACCAGCUCGGGAACCACAGAGACCGUUGCCGACCGUGAGCCGCUACGCAAGAAGGCCUAUACCGGCGACGCGGAACGACGCUUCCGCGAGGAGAAGGAAGAAGAUGUUGUCCCCAAAUGCGAACCUGAGCCGGUACGCGUAAAGCCCGAACCGACUAUUGUAUUUCCUCCCGGUGUUGAGGACCCAGAUCCCGAGGACCUCGAUGACCCGCUUAUGGUUGCGGAGUAUGCACAUGAGAUCUUUGAGUAUUUGAGAGAUCUGGAGGUUAACACCAUCCCGAAUCCCAAUUACAUGGAUCAUCAGGACGAGUUGGAGUGGAAGAUGCGUGGCAUUCUCAUCGACUGGCUUGUCGAGGUCCACACCCGUUUCCACCUUCUCCCCGAGACCCUAUUCCUUGCCGUCAACAUCAUUGACCGCUUCCUCUCCGAAAAGGUCGUUCAGCUCGACCGCCUACAACUCGUCGGCAUCACGGCCAUGUUCAUCGCCUCUAAGUACGAAGAGGUUCUCUCCCCCCACGUCGCCAACUUUAGUCACGUUGCCGAUGACGGCUUUUCGGAGGCCGAGAUCCUCUCCGCGGAGCGAUGCAUCCUCGGCACAUUGAACUAUGAUUUGAGCUACCCGAACCCCAUGAACUUCCUCCGUCGAAUCUCCAAGGCCGAUAACUACGACAUCCAGUCGCGUACCAUCGGCAAGUAUCUUAUGGAGAUCAGCCUUCUCGACCAUCGCUUCAUGGCUUAUCGCCCAAGCCAUGUUGCUGCUGGUGCUAUGUAUCUGUCGAGACUCAUUCUGGACCGUGGCGAGUGGGAUGACACCAUUGCCUUUUAUGCCGGCUAUACCGAAGAUGAGAUCGAGCCCGUCGUCCAGCUCAUGGUUGACUACCUCGCCCGGCCCCCCGUCCAUGAUGCGUUCCUGAAGAAGUACGCUAGUAAGAAGUUCCUCAAAGCCUCCAUCAUUGCGCGCAACUGGGCCAAGCUGAACGCGCACCAUUUCGACAUCGUUGAUGUCAGGCUUACUCUUGACCAAAUCUCGUAG